AUGGUCCCAGAGCAGGUCCCCGCCAACCACAGCACCCCGGACUGGGGGUCGGGGCCGCCGCGGGCGCCCGGGGGCAGCGGCUGGGUGGCUGCCGCGCUGUGUGCGGUCAUCGCGCUGACGGCGGCGGCCAACUCGCUGCUCAUCGCGGUCAUCUGCGCGCAGCCCGCGCUGCGCAACACCUCCAACUUCUUCCUGGUGUCGCUCUUCACGUCGGACCUGAUGGUGGGGCUGGUGGUGAUGCCGCCGGCCAUGCUGAACGUGCUGUACGGCCGCUGGGUGCUGGCGCGGCGCCUCUGCCUGCUCUGGGCCGCCUUCGACGUGAUGUGCUGCAGCGCCUCCAUCCUCAACCUCUGCCUGAUCAGCCUGGACCGCUACCUGCUCAUCCUCUCGCCGCUGCGCUACAAGCUGCGCAUGACGCCCGCGCGCGCCCUGGCGCUGGUCCUCGGUGCCUGGAGCCUGGCCGCGCUCGCCUCCUUCCUGCCCCUGCUGCUGGGCUGGCACGAGCCGGGCCGCGCGCGGGCGCCCGCGCCGGGUCAGUGCCGCUUUCUGGCUAGCCUGCCCUUCGUUCUCGUGGCGUCGGGCCUCACCUUCUUUCUGCCCUCCGGCGCCAUCUGCUUCACCUACAGCAGGAUCUUGCUGGCCGCCCGCAAGCAGGCCGUCCAGGUGGCCUCCCUCACCACUGGCACUGCCGGCCAGGCCUUGGAGACGCUGCAGGUGCCCAGGACCCCACGCCCAGGGGCGGAGUCAGCUGACAGCAGGCGUCUGGCCGCCAAGCACAGCAGGAAGGCCUUGAAGGCCAGCCUGACCCUGGGCAUCCUGCUGGGCAUGUUCUUUGUGACCUGGCUGCCUUUCUUUGUGGCCAACAUAGUCCAGGCCGUGUGCGGCUGCAUCCCCCCCGGGCUCUUUGACGUCCUCACGUGGCUGGGCUAUUGCAACAGCACCAUGAACCCCAUCAUCUACCCGCUCUUCAUGCGGGACUUCAAGCGGGCCCUGGGCAGGCUCCUGCCGUGUCCCCGCGGCCCCCGGGAGCGCCAGCCGGGCCUCGCCUCGCCCUCCGUGCGGACCUCUCGCAGCGGCCCGCGGCCCGGCCUGAGCCUGCAGCACGUGCUUCCCCUUCCCCGGCCGCCAGACUCGGACUCGGACCCGGACCCGGGCUCUGGGGGCUUCUCUGGCCCGCGGCUCACGGCCCAGCUGCUGCCACCUGGCGAGGCCGCCCAGGAUGCCCCCCCGCCUGCCAGGGCCACUACGGCAGUCAACUUCUUCAGCAUCGAUCGCACGGAGCCCGAGCUGCGGCCGUGUCCCCCUGGGACCCCCACGAAUUGA